AUGUGGAAUGCAUUCCGUUUCGUCAUUCCCUCCAUCACUCUCGUUUCCCCCCUUGUCCUUCCCUCCGUUUCCCCACUGUCCCCCCCUCCCUAUCCCCUCGUCCUUCCCUCCGUUUUCGCCACUAUUUCUCCCGCCUUUCCACCCUGUCCGGAAGACCGGUUCCCCCCUUGUCCCUCCCUCCCUUCCCCCGCUGACCUUCCCUCCGUUCCCCCCCUCCCCCCUCCCUCCCUUUCCCCCGUGUCCUCCCUUCCGGUUUUCCCUCUGUCUCACCAUCCCUCUCCCCCGUGUCCCUCCCUCCGUGAUCGCCCAUGUUUCUCCCUCCCUUGCCCUGCCCCUGCCCGUCGGCACCUCCUCAGUCGUGCUCUCCCGACCACCCCCCCAUUCCCUGCCACCCUCUGCCCCCCAUCGUUCUGCCCAUCGCUCCGCACAACUGCCCGAAUGGGCGGGGGGAAGAUGGCUCGUCAGGUGGAGCGUUGUCGUGUCCUGGCGGCACACAUAGUAGGCCAGCCUGCACCAGAGCUCGCCCCUCGGCCCACCCUGGCUGUGGGGGUGACAGGGAUGGACUCGCGCCAGCUCAGGCCUGGGCAGGCAGGGCAGGCGGGGCAGCAGCAGCAGUAUGCAACGCUGGUGCCGACGCGGCAGUUCCGUGCUCCCGUCCCACUCUCUCUCUUGUCGCUCACACUCGCUCCCAUACCCUCUCCCCCCCCUUUCUGCAGGACUAUCCCCACAUAA